GGUGAUAAGGCCUUCGGACAGUGGUGCUCCUGCAGGACAGGGAGUGCACCAGGCUGGGAUCUGGUGCUAUCUAAAUGUCACUUCACUGUAAGUUUAAAAACCCACCAAGUGGCUGUAGCCUGGACAAAGCAGAGAUGGCAGGAGGCCAGAGGUGGUCUCGCCUGCCAAGGGCAGGUUACUCACAUUCUAAAUGUGGCAUAUGGAGUCCAAAAUGCCUUCCUCGAUGAUUUUAUAUACAAGACCAUUUCUAUUCUGGACCUCCCAGAAACUGAUAUUACCUCCUACUUCCCUGAAUGUUUUGAGUUUAUUGAGAAAGCCAAGAUCCAGGGUGGCGUGGUACUGGUCCACUGCAAUGCAGGAGUCUCCCGUGCAGCGGCGGUAGUCAUUGGUUUUCUAAUGAAUUCGGAAAGACUGAGUUUUGCCAGAGCCUUUUCCUUGGUGAAAAAUGCGAGGCCUGCGGCUUGUCCAAAUCCUGGCUUCAUGGAGCAGCUUCACAAAUACCAAGAACAGAUUUUAAAAGAAAAUGGAAGCAUAAAUGAUCACGACUGAUCGAAAGGGAGAAGGGAAACAAUCUGUUUUGACUAUACAGGCACAGAUGUUGGAUGUCCUUUAAUCUGUCAUUUUGCAAUCCCCUUUUCCCUUGUGCAUUUUUGAGUCAUUACAUAUUUUUUCUUAUAUUCCCUUGACCCUUUCUUUCAGCAUGUCAUCUAUAGGCCAGAUGAUAUUCCACUGACUUCAGAGAAGUUUUGCCCAAGAACCAGCUCUUCCUAGAGUGCUAAUAGAAAGAUAAAGUUCAGUUUUCCUUGAAACAGUAGAAAACAACAGAAUGAUGGUGGGGUUUUUUAUGAUACAUCAGAAAAUGCAGGCAAUCGAGAAAGACAAUAAAAUAACUGAGAUAAGUUGCCCCGUUUACUUUCCAAAUGUAUGCAUUCUAUUCGGUUGUAAAAUCUAGAUAAUAAAAUGUUCAUAUAAUGAAGUACCUUCAUAUUGGAUUUUAAAUUUAUAUUGCAAGUAAAGAGGAUUUUAUUGAUUUCUGUGGGCUAGCCAGCCAUUAAAUUUUUUUGGAAAUUAAAACAGAUGGUCUUUUGAGGAUGCUCAAAAUGUGUAGGAUGCUUUCAUGCUUCAUGUCUUUCUACCGUUUCUCAUCAAGUAGGGAUUUGAAGUGCACUAACAUGAUGUUUCCAAAGUGCUGGAACCAGCAGAGGUUUUUUUUGUAAAUAAUUUCGAUGGAGAUAUGAAAAAUGUUGAUAACACCUAUCUGCUCACUGCUAUUGCCUUUUCUUCACAUUCAGUCCACAUUUGCUGUUCCCUCACUCCAUUCCACACCAUAUAUAAAGAAUGGACAUCAUAGGAUAGGUAACUUUAGCGCUCCUGAGACAUCUCAGGCUGGAAUUACUGUCUUAAGAUGGCAUGUUCAAUACACACGCAAAAUCUGUAAAAGA